UGUGUGAAUUGCGUUCGAUGGUCACCAGAUGGCUCGCUGUUGGUGUGCGCUGGAGAUGAGUGUGCACUCUCAGUGUGGGAAUAUGGUGGUCGUAUCAAUAGCGCUGGCAUGAUUGGUUCCAAGGAUGCAGCGAAUGUUGAGAAAUAUCGUCAAAAAUACCGUUUAUAUGGACAUACUCUGGACGUUCUGCACGCAGAGUGGUCAAAAGACGCCCGGUAUCUUGCGUCGUGUGGUAUGGAUAACAAUGUUAUUGUUUGGGAUGCGAACAAUUUACCGAGUUGGUUUUGA